AUGGGCGUCGAUUACGUCGAUCUCUACUACGUCCACCGUCUCGACCCCAAGAUGCCUGUCGAGAAGACUAUGGAGCUAAUGACCGGGGCAAAGAACAGCAUCCGAAGGGCCUAUACCGUCGCGCCCGUCGACGCCGUCCAGGUCGAGUACAACCCCUUCCAACUGGACAUCGAGAAUGAGACAGGCACGAACCUGUUAUCCGCCUGCCGUGAAUUUGGCAUCACAGUCUUUGCCUACGCGCCGCUGGGUCGCGGCUUUUUGACGGCACCGACGACUUUGCGCCCGACGAUUCGCUUCAGCCCUGCAAACUUUGCUAAGAAUCCAGUGCUUGUUAACCGUUUUAAGGCCCUCGCAGAUAAGAAGGGCUGCACGCCGGGCCAGCUGGCGCUAGCGUGGUUGUCGGCGCAGGGCGAGGACAUCAUGCCGAUCCCCGGCACGAAGAAGCUCAAGUAUAUGGUGGAGAACGUCGGGGCCCUCAAGGUGCAUCUCUCCAAGGUGGAGGUCCAGGAGAUCAGGGACAAAGUCGAGAAGGCCGAGGUCGUGGGUAAACGUAACCCGCUGGGUAUGUUCACCGAGUAUUCGGUGACUGUUGAACUUUGA